AUGGACACGAACCAACUACGAGUGUUGCUUGACGAGGACGGACACAAACUCGUCCAGUUACCUACAGGUGGUCGAGUCGCGGUACCGUACGACCCGCUCUACGCAGCGGAGCAAGCUGCCGCUGAAGCUGCUCGAGCCAUUGAUCCACCCGAUGAACUACGGUGCAAAUACAAAAGCACGCGUUGCUUGAGCUCACGCGCCAAGAAGCGAAAUGGCGAGCUGCAUAGUUUUUGUCAAAUGCACCGUGAACGUGCCAACCAGAAUCAGCGCAACUCGGAGCAGCGCAAACGGAGCACCAAGACACGAACUCGACGGACCUCACAGCAGCACAAGCUUACGAGGAAUCAAUGGGAUCCAGAUUUGACUGACCAAGAUGAGGAAAAACACUUUGGCCAUUUGAGUCUAGGACCACCUCCUUUUCACCUCCCCGAACCGCUUCAAGGUGACGAUAGUCCUCAUCCAGAACCAACUUAUGACGAAUUAAAAGAGACUGCGAUGCUAUUGAGCUUCUCCGACCAUGACCGCGAGUAA